CUUUUUUUUGCCAUUCACAAGCUUUAUUUAUUUUUGUUUAUUUUUUAAACCUCUCUUCUCUCGAUUGAAUCUAUAUAAUUUUUUGUUACUUACUUCCAAUGUUCCGUGUUCAGAAAUUGCUCUCCCAGGUUUCGCUCAACACUCCCACAGUUGGCAUUAUCGGGGCUUUGGCAUCGGGUGCCUCAAAGUAUUCAACAAAGCCGACGCUCGCAAAUGUGUCUGAGGAGGUCAAGGCGGCACGUACCGGAGUGAAGAAGGCCCCGAAGAGCAAGGCUGUGGAGAAAGAGACCGAGGCUGUGGCUAAGCCUGCAAAGAAGGAGAAGAAUAAGGCCAAGGCGCCGACGAAGAGUGAGCUUGUCGAGAAGAAGCUGAACUCGAAGAAAGCUCUGCUCAAGAUGCCGCCGAGCCGCGCGCCAACGGCGUACAACCUGUUUCUGAUCGCGACCAACAAGGAGUUCAGAGGCAACAACACCACCUACGACCUAGGCACAGUCACCCGCGCGAUCGCGCAGAAGUGGAGGACGUUGAGCGAGUCGGAGAAGCAAAAGUACCAGCAGAUGUCCGACCAGGAGCGUGCCAAGCUCAGCGAAGAGGUGCGUGCUUGGUGGUCGACAGUUGACCGCAGCCAAGUUGAGCUGGAGAACCGCCGCCGUCGCCGCAUCAACGCCGCCCCGAGCUCUCCCGGCGCUGCUGCUGGGCGUGCCAAGCUGCCGCUGCUUGUUGAUCCGUUUGCGCCUAAGCGCCCCAAGCCGGCGUUUAUGGUGUUUUUCGCUGAAGUGAGGGACGGGCUCGAGGGGUCGUUGAUGGAGAAGGCACGGGCUGCUGGCGCGCAGUGGAAGGCGUUGACUGAGGACCAGAAGAAGCACUAUUAUGAGAUUGCCCAGGAUCACGCCGACCAGUACAAGAAGGACGCGGAGCGCUACAAGGCGCGCUUCGCUUGAGGCGCCCGAUUUUGGACUGCAGCGCGCAAUGCCAUUGCUUGUUUUCCCACGCCAGCACAAAUGACGGGCUCGGUACUGCCAGAUCAGCUGAGCAGCAGCAGCGCGGUGGAUGGCAGCUGAUUGGGUUUUACUUUUAUUUGUUAUUUUAGAGUCACAUUGUCUUAGCAAAACAAACAAUGCUAUUUUUACAUCCCUGAGCUUGAGCUUGCGCUUGAGCUUGCGCUUGAGCUUGAGCUUG